AUGACGGAAAAGGCACGUUCCAUCAUCGCCGAAGACGGCUGCAGAAGCCACAGCUUGCGGACCAGGUCGAACCACGAUGGAAGCUCAUCCUUGUUGCACAGCCAGAAGUCUCGGGUUGAGGUGGACAAGUCCGGGAGGCUCUUGACGGUGGAGAAGUACCUCGGGAGCUCCACCAGCAGAUCCGUCCACUUCGGGGUCGUCGCGGUCCCGAACCUGUGCGUGGAGCUCCGCGGGUACGACGCCGCCGACGCUGCCGCUCUCCGGACAAGCACGGGCGGCGCGGCUGCGACCGCCGCUACCGUUGCCGUCGAGAGCGGCACCUGGCGGGAUUGGCACGGGGCCGAGGCGAGGUUCUCGCAGCUGCAGCGGACCGAAGGACCCGAGGGGUCGUUCGCCUUCGUCACGCCAGAGAGUGGGCUCGUGCUCGUCCUGGCGGCCUACUCCGAAGGGGGUGACUACCCCGCCGCGGUGCGAGUCUUCCCGGACGGCCUCGGCAGUAAUGGCGGCGGCAGGGGCGUCGAGUCGGGCAGGGUGCAGGUGCACAUCGACCUUCUAGAGGGGGGAAGAAGCCACGCGCCGGAAGCUCUGUGGAGCCAGGCCUCUGCUCGAGAGAACGACCGAUCGCCGUGCGCGCGUGCCGAGGCCAAGAGCAAGGGGAACAGCGAUCCUCCCGCCUCCGAUAGCAGCGGCUCGAUCGAAGAAGACGAUGAUGAUGGUGCUGUAGCGCAAGCAGCGCUCUCGGCUCUAGACGUCCCGUAUGUGGCAGGUUUAGCAGGAGAGACGUUGGCACAUGCAAGGGUGGCUCUGACAGCUCUGCUCCUGUCCUCGUGUAGCAAGCUCGGUUGGCUAGGCGCGGACUUGUGGGAGACGGGCGUUGCUGCGGGCGACGUGCUCCGCUUGGCAAUGAACAAGGCAGGUCGAUACGUGCAAGAGAGCGCGUUGUUGGUGAACUCGCCGGCGUGGUUUUCGCAAGGCUUGUCGGAGUUGUCGAGCUGGUUUGAGCAGAACUCAACCCGGUUUUGGUGGGAGGAGGCAUCGACCCGAAUUUCUCGUUGGUCGGGCCAGCGGACCCCGGAAGAGCUUUGGGUCACCUGGUGGGUGCGGGUCGGGGGCAUCGCUCUGUCGCUAGGAUUGGUGCAGCAGGUUUUGGUCUUCAUCUGCAGGUGUUUCGUUAGGGCGGGGGCCCCACGAGAAGACCCUGUUGGUGACGGCGAUGACGACGAAGGGUUCGGAGCUCGUGGCAACGAGCCAAUCAGCGAGGCGGACGCGAUGGUGGGGACGUUCUACGACCAAGACGGGAAGGUUUCCCGACUGGAGAUCGCGAGAUUCGACCGCGUCGAACAGCCGGUGACGGUCGAGAGGAUGGGGGGCGUUUUGAGUGCGGUGUUUGGCAGAAGCAGCAGCAAUAAGUCAAGGAAAGCAUCAGUAGAUGAGGUCUCCAACGGAAAGGAGACAGAAGCUGACGAGUUUUCUUCCAUGUUUCGAGCUCUCAGCCAGCCUGCUUGUAGCACGAUGGGGCCUGUCGAGGGAGGUGCGGAGGGUGCGAGUCAAGUUAUCGUAGUGACGCAGCGGAGCUGGGCGAACGAACCAAGGGAAGCGAUUAGCUACUAG